ACAGUGUGCGCAUGUUGCUAAAUGCGUGAUUCACAAUGAUAGGAUUCAGAAGGAAUUCCUUUAACUGGGUGCACUGGAAGUAUUUACACGAGAUGGCUAAUAACAGCGGACGUUACCACGUGCACAAGGUACCUGCUCCCUGUGGCGGACGAGGGGAGGAGAGGGGGGCCCGAUUGGAGGCGUUUCCAGUGUUAGCCGCGCUUUGCUCGCGGACAUUUCUUGCGCUCCCGGCUGUCGGGUUGAGCGCAGUUGUGAACAUGGUCGGUCCAAGAAGGAGUUCACGUUGGAUGCACGCGACGCGGACGGGAUCUCGGCGGUAAUUGGAAAGUGCAAACCGGCAUGCAACAAGAAGACGACAUCGGAAUGAGCAAGAUCAACAGAAGAGCUUCUUAAACUGAGACAGCACGCCUGCAAGGACGCGAGAGACCGGUGCGCCUUGGCACCGAGGGGAAGCGCAAAAGCUUCCCGGCAUGUCCCCGUGGACUGUUUUCUAUUAUAUACAUUUGUAAAUAUAAGUAAGAUCCAGAAUUCGGCGAGGGAAGCGUCCGUGCUGCGUUUAUUUCACUCCCAACGCCAACCGCACCGAUGCUGGAAUGGCUCGUAGCGCUGUGCGCCGUGAUCCUGGCGGCCGUAACCUGGCCACGCUGCACGUAUUUCGGCACCAAGAGCCGGCCGAAUGCAUCGCUGAAGGGACCGGGGGGUUCGCAACAGGCAACCGGGGACCAGGCCGGGAGACGCGCCUCGGAGCAAGACGGUGCUCGUGACGAGAGCGCGCGCACAGUGGCACUGAUAUGCAAACCGUCCGCCCUGGCCAACUACCUCCUGAAGCACUGCAGGACCUUCAGCAAUUACUCGCCGCGCGUGGGCUGGACGUGGCGGGCCAGCGCCUUGCUCCAGAGCGUGUACGAGGCGUGCUGGCCCUACGAGAGCCCGGUCCAGUUUGUGCGGGACAACCUGCAGCUGAGCGACGACGGGCUGGUGGCCCUGGACUGGGCCGUGCCGUCCUACCAGAAACGACGCAGGACGUCCAGUCACUCCGCCAGUCCCGUGCUGCUCAUCAUUCCCAACUCUUUUGGGAAGUUUACGAGAAAUGUGUUAAAGUUGUGUGAAACGGCCCUGUGCCACGGCUACCUUCCAGCGGUUUUCAACCGCCGCAGCCACAACGGCACGCCGCUGACCACGCUCAAGCUGCAGCAGUUCGGCGACCCCGCGGACCUGCGCGAGGCCGUGCGCUACAUUCGCCACCGGCAGCCUGCGGGGAGGCUGUACGCGGUCAGCGAGUCCACGGGCUGCGGCCUCCUCCUCUCCUACCUGGGCGAGUGCGGCUCGUCCAGCUACAUGACGGCCGCCGCCUGCCUGUCGCCGGUGUUCCGCUGCCAGAGCUGGUUUGAGAACGGGCUGUGCUGGCCUCUGCAGUGGGCGUUGGUGCUCUACCAGAAGGUCUGUCUGAGCAGGUACAAGACGGUGCUGGGUGAGAACAUCCAGACGGACGCUCUGUUUUCUAGCUGCUCCUUACGUGGCCUGGAGGAGGCGCUGUUCUGCCAGACAGGUCAGGUGGGCUCGGCGCCGCCGGCCCCAACUGGGACCAGCGGCGCGUGCAACGCUCCGGGCACCUGGGACAACUACUGGGAACGCAAUGAACCCUUGAGAGACGUGGACGAAGUGGCCAUCCCUGUUCUGAGCGUGUGCGCUCGGGACGACCCGGUCCGCGGCGACGCCCACUCCACGGUCCCCUUCGAGCUCUUUGAGACGAACCCCCACUUCUUCCUCCUGCUGACCGAGCGCGGGAGCCACUGCGGCUUCUCCCACCGGCCCGAGGCGGGCGCCGCCGGGGCGUCCGGCGCCGCCGGUGGGACGGAGGGCCGUCGGACCAACUGGAGCCACCGGGCCCUGCUGGAGUUCUUCAGGGCGACCACGGACUUCAUCGCCGCGGAGGACAGAGCGAAGCAGCUCGCCGCUCGGAGGCGGGGGAUGGGGGGAGGCGGAGGCGGGAGGGUUUUCCGCCACCGGAGCCUCAGUACGUGUAAGCGGCUGCCAGCCUGUUCCCACAACAUUCACGCCAUUUACAACUGGCAGAGGUCGUAUACACGGUGAAGGAGCCUAAUGGAAGUUAAUGGAAAACACCGAGGCCUUCUGGUAUUGUUUAGAUGUGACACGCAGAGACUAAGCGUUGAGAUGUCCAAAAAUAGAAGUGGCGAUGUUGUAUUGAGGUCACGUGUCUGUUAUUCUCACACACACACACACACACACACACGAUGUGAGCCAUAAAACAUUCUCGAAGGAAAAUGACCACGACAGGCCACAAGCUCGCAUGCAGUUGUGAGGUUUAACUGCUGAGCGGUCGUCAGUGAACUCUUUGACAUUUUGGCUGUACAUUUUUCAACAGAAUUGGCUGGUAAAACUGGUGCAUUCUGUCACACGGUUACUGAUUCAUCUUCCUCACAUUUUACAAACUUUAGGCCGGAUUUUUUGAAAUCUUGCCUCAGUGUAUUUAUUCUUCUUAUUACUGAGGGGAUGUUUAUAGGAAACCAAGAGUGUUGAAUGUCUUGAGAGUAUAAAAAGUUGAAGAAAGGAAUUCUGUAAAAGUGCAAAGUGUGUUUUAGCUUCAUUUCAGAUGGGUUUGAUGAAGUGAACCAUUGGUAUGCUGCACAUCAAAGAGCGGUUACUGUGUAUAUUUUGGCAUUUUCUUUUCUGUGUUUGUGGGAAAUGUCCUGCGAUGCCCAGGGAAGAGGAACUUGUGUGUGACUGGCACCCAGUUAGAUUGAGGAAAAUCCCUGUCACGAGUUAAUGAUUUCUUUUAUGAGCCGGCAGCUGGAAGUCUUUGUGCCUUUUCCUGUUUUCCAUCAUUUAGACUUUCCCAAGUUGCUCAGGAUCUUAAAGGUAAUCUACGUUCCCUGUAAAUUGUGUUAUUGAGGUUCUAAUUUAAAAAGAAAACUCAAAUUAUAAAAAGCAAAACAUAUUGCAUGAACAGGUGUACAGAGAAGUAACAUUUUAAAAAGCAGCUUAUAAAUGUAGCAAACCAACAUUUACAGUAGUAGAACACAACAUCAAAUUGUUGAGCGCUGCUUGUCUACUGACUUUUGUCAUGUUUUUUAUAAACAUGCAUAAUGCUAUAAUAAAAAUAUAUAAAAAAUGACAACCUUGGGAUACACAGUCUGCAAUGUGUCCUGAAAAACAUCCUUCAUCUUUUUACUGCAGGAAAGUAUAUUCCUCAUUAAGACCAGCAAGUUGCAUGAUACCUGCUGUUCUCAGUUGUCCCUUAUUUUUCUUGGAUCGUUGGUCUUGUCCAGUUAUUCUAUAGUGUGUGUGUGUGUGUGUGUGUGUGUGUGUGUGUGUGUGUGUGUGUGUGUGUGUGUGUGUGACAUUCAAUGUAGUGUUUGUCGCCCCACUGAGCCUGAUCCACUCAGACAGCUGGAACACAGCAGAGUACACACAGACACACACCCAAAAUGUGCCAACUCGAGUUGGCGCAUACAUGCCCGAUAUGCUUAUGCAGGCUGAGAGUCACAGCCUACAAGCCAUGCUAAUGACACCGUUUGUGACUGGAAGCAAGAAGUCAUCAUCAGUAUUGCAUUUGCAAAGGAAAAUGUCCUUUUGUCUUAUUCAAUUACUAAUCACAUUUUCCGCCUUUUAAAUAAAUCCCUUUGGUUCCCGACCAAACCUGAUAAUUGAAGGCUCUUCAUUGCAUUCAUACAGAUAUGUAGUUUCAAUGGAUUUAAUGGUUUGAAAAGUUUCUAAAAAUAGAAUUUACGCUUGCAUCAAUGCACGGGUGUGUUUGCAAACGAUGCCGAGAUGGUUGGAUCGUACAUUUUGUGAACCUCUGUGUGUAGGUAACAAAUUACUUGCAGCAGCAUAUUGGUGUGCUCUAAAACACAUUUAAUAAUAAUAUAUUAUCAAUGGUGUCAUAAAGUCAAACAUGUAGCACAGUACCAGUUGGUGCAUUUUAGUAACUUUGUGAUUUUAAAGAAAUAAAGCAACCUUUUAGUCCUUCA